GUCGACAUCGACGGUAGCGACUGGAAAACAAGGAAGGGAAAGAGAAAGAGAGAGAGUGAGAGUGAGAAAGAGAGAGAAACUAUGUUGGGUAGGGUAAAGGUAAAGUCGGUGGGGUAUCAGUCCAGUUCAGGCGCAGGAGUUCUCGGUUAAGGACGACAGUCCUGCCCAAUCGGGACAUUAUGCCAGGCGGCGAGGGGUCCCCGAUAAAACUCCUCGACCACCACGGAACGUCGACAACCCCUAGCGGUACAACGUCGGCUCAGUGUCCGAAGAGCGAUGACGAGGCUGAAAUCACUAGUGGAAACGCGACUAUUACCGAAAAGGACGCGAGUUCAUCAACGAUGACGACUGUCCCGGCCGGUGAGGGACUUAGACGGAGGAAGGUCAUACACGCGGCUAAAGAAACAUUAGACAAGGCAUCACGUUUAUUGAGACGUAAGAUACCAUGUACUGGCCACUUGAUGACCCCCCGCCGCCUUUGGAUACAAAAAGUACCAACUCAGAAAUGUGACGUCGUGAUGAUGUUUCCAAACGGUGCAAGCGACGAAACUUUAAUGUGGCUUUUAGGUCGACUUCGGGCUGGAACCCCUGGCCUAGUGGUUCACGUCAGGCAUCAUGCCUCCUCAGAUAGUUACGGAUUUUACUUAACGGCACCUUUUAGCGUUUUGUUGAAAGCAGCAGAGGAAGUACACUUGCCAAAGGCUCUACGCCAAGAAUAUGGCGGAGGAUUGAAGGAAUUCGUAGGUUCGGAAGCGAGCUGCUUCGAAGGAAGCGACGACGAAGCUCAUUUUUUUACUACUCAAGAAAGACAGUCUCUGGUAUUACACUUACUUCAUACGUUAAGAGCAGGUCCUCAGGAUCUUCACAGUUUAUCAGGAUUAAAAUUAGUGGAAGGACAAGCCAUAAUUCCAAAAUGUAUCUCGGCAAGCAUUAUCUCACAGGUCUUCCCAUUACAUGAACUACCGGCACUAGAACAAUUACGAAAGACGUGGGUUCGUGCAUUUUUUAGUCCCCAACCAUUGGACGAAAUCUGUAAAUAUUUUGGAGUGAAAAUCAGCAUGUACUUCGCAUGGCUCGGACACUAUACCACCGCUUUGAUCGUUCCCGCUGCUGUGGGUGUCAUAUACUGGGUCGGCAUCAUCGGUAGGAACCAAGCGGUGGAGGACGUGGCAUACGUGCUUUUCUCAGUCUUCAAUGUAAUUUGGGCGACAGUUUACCUGGAAACUUGGAAACGAAGAGGAGCUGAAUUGGCCUACAGAUGGGGUACAUUAGAUCAAAGAGAUGACUUAUUAGUCGAACCUAGACCUCUCUUUACGGGGACUUUAGAAAUAUCACCUGUCACGGGAAGACUGGAACCAACUUAUCCCAGAUGGCGAAGAAAUGUUUUCCGAUAUUUUGUCAGCGUACCUAUCAUCGCCGUUUGUCUAUUUUUCGUCUUCGUCGUUAUGAUCCUGAGCUUCCAAAUACAGGAUUGGUGGGAUGCACGUCUUGAAGCCGGAGGUUACGGAUUUUGGCUGAGUUACGUGCCAAAAGUAUUACUGGCCGUUGUAAUAGCCUUAAUGGAUGAAGCAUACUUCAAAGUUGCAGUCUGGUUGAAUGAUUUGGAAAACUAUCGACUAGACACCGAGUACGAGAAUCAUCUGAUCUACAAGGUGGCACUGUUUCAGUUCGUAAACUCCUUCCUAUCGUUAUUUUACAUCGCCUUCUAUCUUCAAGACCAAGAAAGACUCAAGGAGCAACUGGCCGCUUUACUAAUAGCUCGGCAAGUGAUUGGAAAUCUUAAAGAAUCCGCAAUACCAUAUCUGAUAGAGCAACUACGGCUAGCGCAAUUGAGUUUCGAGCUAUUCGGGGCUCUGAGUCCAAGCGAAGCAAGAUUACCACCUGGUAAGGACGAGGAGGACGAAAAAAUAAAGAAUUCCGAUGAGAAAGAUGAACGAGCAGAAAGUGGAAAGACGAAACAACCGAGGAACGUUAGCCAAGCUGAGUUGGAGAGUUCUCUCUACAGAGUAGGACACACCACUAAUUCUCUUCUUAGUGACGUUACUUUGAAGUACGAUCGAGCAUUCUCUGAACAUUUGGAAAUGCUCUCACAAUUAGGAUACGUAUGUCUCUUCUCGUCAGCGUUUCCUUUAGCUGCCGUAGCCGCAUUACUUGGUAACCUGAUCGAAUUACGUGGAGACGCAUUUAAGUUGUGUUACGUGCUUCAACGACCUUUCGGGCGUAGGGUAUCUAAUAUCGGCACUUGGCAGAACGCUAUGGAAGCUAUGGGAUUUGUCGCAAUUUUAGUUAAUUGCGCGUUAAUCGGUAGAAGUGGACAAGUACAACGUAUGUUUCCAGAGAUGUCAGCGACCCAAACAAUUUUGCUAAUAGUUGCUUUGGAACACAUUAUGUUGGCAAUCAGAUUUAUCAUCACCUGUGCGAUACCGGAUAUACCACAUUGGGUUGCUACGGAAAUGGCUAAAGUUGAAUUCUUAAGAAGAGAGGCAGUGAGAAGAUUGUCAUCCACACCAUCACCUGAACAACAACCAUCUACUAUUAUAGGGAGAUUCGUGGUGAGUCCAGCAGACGGAGAAAGCGAAGAGCAAAACCUGUUGGACGAACCUACCGGAGAGACCUCUGUGCCCAGCCAACCAGAUACACCUACUUUAGCAUCAACGACCCAAACACCAAGCAGACCAUCUACUCCAAGUGCCGCAUCCAUACCGAGGAUUGCAGAGACACCAUCGCUUACAGCCGAAACACCCGGUAGUAUUGGAAGUAGCAGCGAGAUCAGCAAUUCUUUCCUUUCGGAAAAUAAUAUUGGCAGUACUCGAGAUAUUCACAAUACACCUAGAUGCUCAAUACCUGGAGGAGAGAGAGGUCGAAGAUCAAGGGAGUGGUUAAACAACGAACCAGAAUCAUCGAACACAGGAGAUCACUACAGUCAUCAUUUAACAAUCGGUCCUCACGGAGGUGUCGAUUGGGUACGCAAACUAGGCUUGGAACCAGGUGGACGAAAAUCGAGCGAUUCUGAAAUAAGUGGGGUUGGCUCUGUGGCCGGAACUGCUGACGAAUUGACACUCCAUAGAUCAACCGAUUGUAUCGUUUCAAAGGAUUUAGCUUCUUCCUCAGAUAGUGAUCUAUUAAAGUCUGCACCACCGUGGGUGAUAACUCACAGAAAUCCAAAGUUCCGUUUCUCGCCAGAGAAAGAGAAAGAACGAGAAAAGAUUGAGAAACAGCAAUAUUAUCAGCAUCAUCAGCAAAGAGAAGCAGCGCACGAACAUCGUGAUCGACAAGCGUACGUUCCCGAAAAAGAAAAGGAUUUGGGUGUUGGCGGUUUGUCAGAUUCGAGCAAGACCAUUUCCAGCCAAGAGGAAGAAAAACCAAAUAGGGAGGAUCGAGAAGCAAAGAAAACGAGAGUAAAACAGAGUCUCAUGAAGAGGGCACGCUCGGUCGCAAUUUUCUCUUUGAAAUUAAAGGAACGAAGAGCAAGAGAGGCUGAACUUAAAGCUAAAGAAGCAGAAAGGGAAGCUAGAUGGCAACAACCUCAGUCAUGCGUCGGUGGUGAACUGUCUUGCAUUCCUAUAGAGAAGCUUAUAUCUGUGGACGACAUCGCGGCCAUGGAGAUACGCAGAAUGAAUCAUUAAAGAACACGCUUCGAAAACUUCGAAUUUUGUUUUACCGCUAAUAAGUAGAAUUAUUCGUGUACGCGAUCGCGAUACAUAAGAGAAAAAAUAAAAAAGGAAAAAUAACAAAGAAAGAGAGAGAGGCAGAGGGAGGGAGAGACAGAGAGAGAGAGAUUAAGCACGUUUCUGUGUUGUUGUACAAAUAGUCCGAGAUCCGGCUGCAAGAUUAGUGUACCGAUCGAAUUUUUGCUAAAAACCUAAUUUUUACGUAUAUUUAUGAUUAAGAGAAUAUAUAUCUACCAGAUUUUCUAUCAAAAUGUGG